AAACCAUUUAGCUUGGCUCGGAGCACUCGCAACGCGAAAAACGCGACGGCCAAAAACAACAAAAACGAAAAAAACAACGUUUUGCGCGCCUCCUCCAAACCGUUCGCUGCGGGUACGUGUGUACACAGACACACCGACGCAGGCAGAGCGCAGAGCGCAGAGCGUGGGCGUUGGAGGCCGCUGGCAGGCGUUAUGGCACUGAGCAAGACAAGCAAAACGAAAGCUGGCGCCAAAGAGGAGCAGAACGAACUGGUCGAAUUCGAGCCCAAAGAUGAUGACGAGAGCAACGAGGCAAGUGCAAACGAUUGCGAUACAGAAGCUAUAACCAAAGAAGAGGAAUGGAUAACGAAGCGCAAAACCGAGCUAACGACAACAAGACAAAUCGAGACGCGUGUAAAGCGGCAAGUGAAGCUGCAGGAUGGCAAAGUGAUCGAAGAUUCCGGCCCGAUAGUCUCCACCAACACGACCGAGGACACGGACAAACAGGAAACGGAAACAACCGAGAAACGCGACCUGGGUCUGCCCGACGAGCUGGAUGGCAAGGCGCAGCUAAUAGAUGCCGCAGCGCUGCAGGCGGGCGCCGCCAACGAGACGCAGCUGGCCCAGCUACAGGAGGCGUUCGGCAUCGAUGGCGGCAAGCUGGUGCGGCGCAUGGUGCCGCGUCCCGUGGACGGUCUGGUGCGUCAGAUCGACGACAAGCGCACCAUUUCGCACGAGGAGAUCAAGGACUACCAGGAGACGCAGGACGUCAAGCACUUGGGCGACUUUACCGACGAGACCUACGUAAAGGCCGUUCGUGAGGGUGUUGAGGAUCUUGAGGCGGUGCUUUGCUCGCCAGAGAGUCAGCAGCAGUUGGUGGCGCUUGGGCCGCAGCUGGUGGCGAAUACGAGCCGAUCGCGUAAGACCAUCGAUUCGGAGGAUACGCAAAAGCGUUGCCUCGCCCAGGAGGACGGCACACUGGUAACCGAAAGUAAACGCACCACCGAGCACGAGAUAAUACUUGACGGCGACGAGCCGGAUCAGCCAAACCGGUCGCCGACGUCCGGCAAUGAGCUGCUGGAGCGGCCCGUCGAACAGUUGACGACCAUAACGGCGGCAAGUCAACGGUUUUUCAAGCAGCGGGACGAACAGCAUGUCGAUCUGCUAGCCGACGGCAAACUGGUGGCCACCGAGAUGCGCUACGCAGCCGAGCAGACCCAAAUGGAAAAGGACGGCUCCCUGGAGCGACCCGGCGACUGGGACAGCCUAUCGGAUCGCAUGCGCAAGCUGCGUCGCUCCCAGCAGCAGCAGCAGCAGCAGCAACAGCAGCAGCUGCAGCAAAAAGAGGUUGCGCUGCUGGCGGAUCGCAAGGACGCGCUGACCAAGCGGCCGCUCGACUUUGAUCGCGAGGAGGAGACGCGCAAGGGCGAGACCAUGAAAUGGCUCGAAUCGCAUUUCGGCAGCGAAUCGACCGCCUCCAACGAUUCGCGCGACGACGAGCCCAACGAACUGGACGUCGAGCCCACCAAGAAGAGCUACUUCAACGUGACCAUCAAAUCCCAGCAGCAGCAGCAGCAGCAGCAGCAGCAGCAGCUGCCGUCGAUCGCGGCCGCGUUGCCCGCUGUCGCAGCUGCCAAUACGCAGACGCUGCCGCGCAGCGCAGAGCGGGAACGGGAGCGGGAGCGGGAACGGGAGCGAGAACGUCUGGCCGCCACAACGCUCGAUCGGAAAUAUGUAAAGGAUGCACACGCUGGCCGGCCCAAGUACUAUCAGGGCAUCUCGAACUGGGCGGAGCGACAGGAGGCGCCGCUGCUGCAUCAUUUCUCCACGCAGGCCUUUCGCGAGGAUCUACAGGAGACGAUACGCCGCAAUGGGCUGAAGAAGAAGCACCAGCAGCAGCAGCAGCAACAGCAGCUGAAUGCAUCCAGCGACAGCUACGUCAGCCGGGAGGAUAUCUUGCAGCAGAAACGUCAGAGCUUGUCCUCACAGUUUCUGGCCAGAUCGGCGCGCGGCUCACGCGAUGCACUCGAUGAUCUGGAUGCCAUACCGGGCCCGGCGCCGCCCGCCGUCAUCCGUCAACAUCAGCUGGCGGCAGCGGCAGCUACUGUGCCGGCCCAGCGACCGGAGGAGCCGUCGCACAAGCGUGUCGCCUACGGUCAUGCGCAUGGCCAUGGACGCAGUAGCAGCAAUCCGAUCAAUGGCCUUGCCGCACAUCCUCAUGCCAAUGCGCGUGGCAGAAGCUAUGAGCCGCAGCUGCAGGUGUCGCAGCCGCAGCCGCAGCCGGCGCAAUUGCCGCCGCCGGAGUUCGCGACGAGCAGCAGCAGCAGCAAUCUGGGGCGGCCGACGGUGCCGCAGCGACGACGUGCCAUCGAGAAGAAGCUGGGCGAGCACAGCCACGCCCAUGUUCAUGUGCAUGUGCAGCCCGCCCAGUUGGCUGGCCACACGCAGCUGGAGCCGCCGCCGGACUACUCGCCGCCGCCGCGCAGCCGCUCCUCCUCGCCACAGGUGGACUAUAUGCUGACGCGUGCGACACGCCAUCCGGAGCCGCCGGCCAGCUCCGGCUUGACGCUCAGCCGGAAGCAGCAGCAGCGCACACGAUUCGCGCCCGCCACCGGCGCCGCCGCCGCCGCCAGCUCGGGCAACUCCAACUCGAAUCUGUCGACGCUGAGCGCCAGCAAGCCAAGCAAAAUGGGCCAGGUGAUUGGCAACUCGCUGCGCAAGCUGGUCAGCAAGAUCCGUUCGGCCAGCGCCGAGCGCAAGUUUCGCAUGAAAAGCGCCGCCAACGGCAAAUCCCGCGAGCAGUCGCCCAAUCGCCAGCAGCAGCCGGCGCUGGCGGCCAAGGGCGUCGGAGGCGUGGCCACCUAUCAGCAGUACAAUGUAAUCGACGGGCAUAUUGGCGGCAACGGAUCGGAGGAGUCGGAGGGCUCCGCUAGCGAUGGCCAGCGUCGGCAGCGCCAGCCGGAGGCGCCGUCCAGCCUGACGGGUAAGCAGCCGGCGUCGGCGACAGCGGCGGAUUCCGCGGAGCCAGCGAUGAGUCCGCGCCAGCGCUACUAUCUGGGCGAGGAUCCCUACUCCAGCACGCUGUACGGCAAGGAGAACAUCUACGAGCGGAAUCGCGUGCCGGCGUCACGCCAGCGCUACGAGACGCGCGAGCCGCUGGACGAGCAUGACGACUACUAUGAGACGCGGGCGCUGCCGGCAUCGAUGACGACCACAACGACGCUGGGUCGCUAUCAGAAGCAUGGCCAGCGCUUUAGCGGCUCGACGCCCAAUCUGCACGUGCAGCCGGACUAUCGGAAUGCGCAGACGCUGCCGCGUAAACUGCACGAACCGGCGCCAUAUCGCGCGCAACGUUAUCCCCAAACGCUGGACAAGAUGGGCAAUCGGCCGGCGCAGUAUAUGACACGCCAGAUUAGCCAGCAGACGCAGCUGGCACCGUUGGCAGCUGAACCGCAGGGUCCGGCCAAGCCGGCGCGCACCUAUGCCAAGGUACUCAAUCGCAGCAAGAGCUUCAAUGUGCACGGCAUGAACGGCGGCAACGAUCCUAGUCCCAUCUACAUCGAGAAGCUGACCAGAAACAACUACAGCGGACGCCACGAGCAGCAGUCGCCAUCGCCGUCGCCAUCGCAGGCAUACAAAUCGAAUCCGCAUCUGUGCAGCGGCGCCAGGGACAAUAACAAUUCGCUGAAGAGCGGCCUGAAGAGUCCGUCGAUUGUCAAUCUGAUCAGCCGCAGUCAGAAGGAUCUGACCAAAAUAUCGGGCAGCACGGAGGAUGAUCUCUAUGCGGAGGACAGCGGCAGCAAGCGUCAGCUCUAUUUGCGCAAUCUACAUCAGCAGGCGCCCGAUCUGUAUCGUGUCCUGCACGGCGACGAGGAUUACGGCCAGCGCCACAAGAAGCAUCCGUUGCAGCCAAAAUAUUCGCUGGACUCACGUUCGCCGCCGCCCGUCGAGCUCAACAAGGAUACGGCGAGCAUUGUGCGGCGCAGCAGCGAUGAUAGCAAGCGGCUACUCUAUGCCGAUGACCAGCUGCAUCAUCAUCAGCAUUCGCAUCAGCAUCAUCAUGUCCAGCAGCAACAUCAUCAGCAUCAUCAACAUCAUCAUGUCCAGCAGCAGCAGCAGCAGCAGCAGCUGCGUCGCGGCUCCGGCGCCACAAUCAUUGAGCUUCGCCAGCGCAAAUGAUGCCUUUGUCUCUGCCUUUCCCAUGCCCAGCAGCUAGCUUCCUCUCCCUCUCUCCUGCUCUCUCUCUCUCCCUCCCAUUCUCACUCGCUCUCUUUGCUCCUGAACAGUGUUUGCCAUUUUAGCUACUUUCUGGCUAAACUCAGCCUCUCUCUCAGAUUCUCAGCCGUCAACAGCUUGCAUAUUUUUAGCUGAUUUAGCUUCUUUUUUUUUUUUUUGGGCAUCUCAACACAUAGUGUUUUGUGUAACGAUAGUUCGAGCUGGGAUUAAGACUAAAUCUUAAAACUGUUUUAAAAAAAAGUCAAGCAAUGACAAAUCGAUUAAAGUACCCAAUUUACCAGCAAAAUUAGGUUGCAGCCUUAAAGCGAAAAAAAAGGCUAGAUUUAGCUAUAAAACAGCUUUUUCUCGCGACCGAAUUUGAAGGCUCGUGUCCGCAGAAAAAAAAGGGAAAAAAAGCACGACCCGCGCCCAGCUCUAAGCUCAAUGACAAUUACUUGCCAGCCUGUUUAUUUUUUAGUUAUUUUUACAACACUGGUUUCUGGUGUUCUUUGCGGCAGUUGGCAACACUGCGCCCGAAUGCGGCUUUCAGUUUCAUUUGACAAGCGGCAAAUAAAUAUGAAAGGCCCCCCUCAAGCCCCCUCUGCACGCCCUCCCUGCUGCUGGCCAACAUAUUCCCUGAUUUAUAUCAAAAUAUAUAUAUAU